AUGGAGGUGCCGGGCGGCUGUCACGGCCGCUGCCUCGCCGUGGUGCUGCUCCUGGCUUCGUGCAUCGGUUGUGCGGCCACGCCGCGCAGGAACAUCCCCCGCCGGCAAGCAGAUAGGCUGGGGCCUCCUCUGGAUAUUCUGCUGGAUUCACUGAACUGCACGGCGUUCAGCGUGCAAUGGAAGAUGCCAAAGCAGCACACGAGCACCGUCACAGGGUACACGGUCUUUUACUCAGAAGUUGAAGGUGACAAAGCAGUUAAACAGCUCUCACACGAUGUUCCCCUGAGUCUGGGUAUGAUUAGCAUGGGUCAACUUGAAGGACAAGCAAUUUUUGAUGUUGUUAUUGGUGACCUGAAGCCGGGCACUGCGCACCGCGUUAGCGUUGGAGCGUACAGCUGGGCAGGGAAAGGACGGCCCAGCAUGCCCAGGGAGGUGACAACUUUACCCCAAGAUAAGUGCAUGCCUCCUGGGCCACCCUAUCAGCCCCAGAUCGUGGUGGUUUCUGAUUCAGAAGUUGCGUUGUCCUGGAAGCCUGGAGUGAGUGAAGGAAGUUCUCCCAUCCAGUACUACAUGGUGGAGUUUAUCAGGCCAGACCUUGACAGCAACUGGACGGUAAUAAGAGAGCAGAUCCAGAUGGAGUCCAUGGUUCUCAAAGGACUUCUCCCAAACACCAAGUAUCAGUUUGCCAUCCGAGCAGCAAACUCCUUUGGAUCCAGCGCCGCCAGUGCGCCAAGCGACGUCAUCCGCACAUUCAGCUCUGAGGAGUUGGGAAGUGGAAGCUUUGGGCAUCGGUACAUCACAGACACAGUGACUGGUGAUGGUGAUGGAUUUGAUAUCGAUGAUUCAGACUAUGACAUUUAUAUAGAAGAGCUCAGACCACUUCCUGCUAUUAAAGGGGGCAACAGAAAAUUUCUGGUCGAAACUAAAGUCACUCCAGGGUCUAGUUCCAGGCUCCUGUCACGGGUCCUGACAACCACUUCCGAGCCCACUGCUGUCCCUGCUGCCAGCCCGGGGCCCUCAGUGUCCCCGCCGGUGCCGCGGCUCUCCGAGCUCUCCUGCGACGAGGCCGUGUGCUCCGCCGACAGCUUCUGCAUCAACGACUACGACCGCGGCGGCUCCCGCUGCCACUGCAACCUGGGCAAAGCAGGGGAGGCCUGCCAGGAAGAUAUUAAUAUCCAGUAUCCCCAGUUCUUUGGCUACUCAUAUAUCACCUUUGAACCACUGAAAAAGUCCUAUCAGACAUUUCAAAUUACUCUUGAAUUCAGGGCUGAAUCCGAGGAUGGUUUGCUGCUGUACUGUGGAGAAAAUGAACAUGGUCGUGGUGAUUUUAUGUCACUGGCAAUCAUCCGACGUAGCCUCCAGUUCAGGUUCAACUGUGGCACAGGAGUUGGAGUCAUAACGAGUGAAAACAAAAUCAAGCUGGGGAACUGGCACAGUGUCACAUUGUUCAGAGAUGGAGUGAAUGGCUGGCUCAGGAUGGACAACAAUGCUCCAGUGACAGGAAAAUCUCAGGGCCAGUACAGCAAGAUCACGUUCCAGACUCCCUUCUACGUUGGCGGUGCUCCCAGCGUGUACUGGCUGGUCAGGGCCGCCGGCACCAACCGCGGCUUCCAGGGCUGCGUCCAGGCCCUCAGCAUCAAUGGGAAGACAAUUGACAUGAGACCCUGGCCAUUAGGGAAAGCUCUCAGUGGUGCUGACGUUGGUGAGUGUAGCAGUGGCAUCUGUGAUGAGGCAGCCUGCAUCAACAGUGGCACCUGCACUGCAAGCAAAGCAGACUCUUACAUUUGCCUUUGUCCUCUUGGAUUUAAGGGUCAUCAUUGUGAGGAAGCACUCACCUUGGCCGUACCUCAGUUCAACGAAUCCUUGAGAUCAUUUGCUAGCACACCCUGGCCCUUGGAACCACAGAAUUACCUUUCCUUCAUGGAGUUUGAGCUGACAUUUCGUCCAGAUUUAGAGACUGGUGUCCUUUUGUACAGCUACGACACAGACAGCAAGGACUUCCUCUCCAUCACCCUGGUGGCUGGCUACGUGGAGUUCAGGUUUGACUGCGGCUCAGGAACAGCUGUUAUCAGGAGUGAGGAGCCUGUCAGCCUGGGCCAGUGGCACGAGCUGCGAGUGUCUCGCACGGCCAAGAAUGGGAUCCUGCAGGUGGACACGCAGAGGCCAGUGGAAGGGAUGGCAGAGGGGGCUUUUACACAGAUUAAAUGCAGCUCUGAAAUAUUCAUUGGUGGAGUCCCUAAUUAUGAUGAUGUGAAGAAGAACUCUGGGAUACUCAGACCCUUCAGUGGGAGCAUCCAGAAGAUUAUCUUGAAUGACCGGACAAUUGAUGUGAAACAGGAUUUCAGUUUUGGAAUCAACCUGAUAAAUGCUGCCCACCCCUGUGUGACCUCACCGUGUGCCAAUGGAGGCACCUGUGUUCCCAAGAAGGACAGCUACGAGUGUGACUGUCCCCUAGGCUUUGAUGGGCAGCACUGCCAAAAAGAGUGUGGAAGUUACUGCCUGAACACCAUUACAGAAGCAAUUGAAAUCCCACAAUUUAUUGGUCGCAGUUACCUCACAUAUGAUAAUCCAGAUAUCCUGAAAAGGGUAUCAGGAACAAGAACGAACGUGUUCAUGAGGUUUAAAACCACAAUGAAGGAAGGCCUUUUGAUGUGGAGGGGAAACAGUCCCAUGCGACCCAACAGUGAUUUCAUCUCUCUAGGCCUUCAGGAAGGAGCAUUAAUAUUCAGCUACAAUUUGGGCAGCGGCAUUGCCUCCAUCACAGUGAACGGCUCUUUCAGCGACGGCCGGUGGCACAGAGUCAAAGCUGUUCGGGAUGGACAGUCUGGCAAAGUAACCGUGGACGAUUAUGGUGCCAGGACCGGUAAAUCCCCUGGGAAGAUGAGGCAGUUAAAUAUCAAUGGAGAUCUCUACAUAGGGGGCAUGAGGGAAAUCGCCCUGCACACGAACCGGCAGUACCUGCGCGGGCUGGUGGGCUGCAUCUCCCACCUCACGCUCUCCACUGACUACCACAUCUCGCUGGUGGAGGAUGCUGCCAACGGGAAGAACAUCAACACGUGUGGGACCAAGUGACAAGAGCGGGACCCCGGUGCUGAGGACCCGUCGUGUGCGUGCGUGUGUGGCUGAGCGGGAGCCGGCUGACACCGACCCCUGCAGCCAGACCAUGCUGCCCGUCUGGGAAGGUGACAAAGCCAAAGGGAAACCCAAAAGCAAGGAAAAAAAAGAACAUUAUUCCCCUCUCAUUCCCUCUCCUUUCCUGUCCAAAUGAAACCAAGCAUUUUGUGUAUGAACCGUGCCCUCUACCCCUUAAGUGUUUAGUGAGUGCUAAGGGUUGUGCAUUAGUGCAAACGGCAAAGUGUGAUGUUACGAGUAGCUCAGUGACUGUGUUUUGUGGUCCUUAGGUUAUCUUUUGUAGUAUCAGAGGAAGCAACCUUGAAACACCUGCAAUCAUCCCACCCUGCAGUGAUACAGUGACUGUGCUGUUCAACAAAUGCACCAUCGGGCAGCAUACUCCUGCAUUCACAUGUGGGUUCUGGAACAAGCUGUUCUCCCUACCACUCUCUGAUUUAGCUAAAUUAUGUUUCAUCCUGUGUAGCAGGAUAACAGUUACAAUGACUGGUUUCAAAACAUUGUUGUUUGUUGAGGAGGAAAGUUCUUACAAGUCUACUUUUUUAUUACAAGCAACAAAAAAAAUGAACCAAUUUUGUAGAAGUAAUUUUAUACUUGUCUAUUUUUUAUAGCACCAGCAGCAGACCUGCUUACAUGGCAUCACUUUUAACAUCUACAUGUACUAUACAAUUAGCUCUUUGCACACUUUCCUAAAAAUAGAAAAGUGACCUGUGGCUUAAUGUCUGUAUUAUACAGUUUUAAUGGGGAUAUUUGUGAGUUAUGACCAGUUUUACA